AUGUAUGCUGUAGACUUGAUUAACAGAAACCCAUCUUUGCUCCCAAACAAAACAUUGGGCUUCCAAGUCUACAACUCCUGUAUGGGAGCACAAGAAGAAUUGGAUGGGAGCCUCAAAAUGAUAACAGGCCAAGGGCAAUCAGUCCCCAAUUUCAUUUGCAAGAAAAUGUUGUCUGUUUCUGCAGUUAUUGGACAUUCAACUUCUACCUUCUCUAUACUAAAUGCUCAUGUAUUGGGAUUAUACGGAUACCCUCAGAUUAGUUACCUGUCAACCAGCUCUAUCUUGAGUGACAAAACACAGUUCCCCUCAUUCUUCAGAACUGUCCCAAGUGAUUAUUUCCAGUCCAAGGGGCUGGCACAGCUAGUGCUACACUUUGGCUGGACGUGGAUUGGGUUAUUGGCUGUAGAUGAUGACUAUGGACGUCAAGGCAUUCAUAUCACUAUGCAGGAGCUCCUCAGGGGAGGAGCUUGUGUGGCAUUUUCAAAAUAUAUAACUACUAACAAUUUGGAGCACAUUUACCAUGUGACAAAAAAAAUCAAAGAAUCCACUGCCAAGGUUAUCAUUUCUUUUAUGAAAGAUACUGAUAAAGUUUCACUAUUGGAUGAGAUGCUGAGGCAAAAUGUAACGGGUAAAGUUUUUGUGGCCAGUGAAGCUUGGUCAAUCUCAAACUUGCUAACGGUGGAUAAAUAUUUUUCACUACUUUCUGGCUCAAUUGGCCUCUCCUUCCAUAGCACAACAAUUCCAGGUUUUGGAGAGUUCUUGAACACUAUUAAUCAAAACAAAAAUAGGGAACAUCCAUGGACUAAAAUAUUAUGGGAAUUGACUUUUGGGUGUAAUUGUUUAGACAAGACAAGCCUUACAGAUUCACUGGAUAAUUCAACAUUUUGUACUGGAAAUGAGAGUUUGGAGAGUAUUCUGGACAUCCACGAUGAUUUAGCCAGUUUAAGUACUACUUACAACCUUUACAAUGCAAUAUUUGUCAUCGCCAAAUCUUUACAUGAUAUGCAAACCUGUCAAAAGGGUAAAGGACCAUUUACUAAUGGAAGCUGUGCUAAUCUUCAGAACUUUAAACCAUGGCAGCUGUCUUACUACAUCCAAAAUUCACGAGUGAAGCUAAGCAAUGGAAGAGAACUCUUCUUUGAUCAAAAUGGUGACCCACCAGCGAUAUAUGAUAUUGUAAACUGGCAAGUGAGCGCAGAUGGCUCCAUGAAGCACGUGAAAGUGGGCAGCUACGAUACCACAAAAGCAGAUGGAAAUUACUUUCUACUUAAUGCAAGUGCUGUGAUGUGGGCAACUGGCCAAGGGCAGGUUCCUGUCUCUGUCUGUAGUCAGAGCUGUCCAGCAGGAUUUAGGAAGGUGUUGAGGAAGGAUUUGCCUGUCUGUUGCUUUCAAUGUGUUCCUUGUCCCCAGGGUGAGAUUUCCAACAAGACAGACUCACUUGACUGUUUCAAAUGUCCAUGGGAUAAGUGGCCCAAUGCCCAGAAAAACAAAUGUCUCCUAAAGAACAGAGAGUUUCUCUCCAUUGAAGAGCCUUUGGGUGCUGCAUUAACUGCUACAGGUGUUCUCUCAUCUUUGCUACCAAUUUUCAUCUUUGGAAUUUUCAUGUGUUAUAAGAACACCCCAAUUGUCAGAGCAAACAACUUCUCUUUAAGUUGUCUUCUCCUAAUGUCAAUGUCCCUCUGUUUCCUCAGUUCCUUAGCUUUUAUAGGCUACCCUAUGCCUGAGAAAUGUCUUUUACGGCAAGUUGCAUUUGGAACAGUCUUUACACUUUGUGUCUCUUGCAUUUUAGCCAAGACAAUCAUGGUAGUUUUUGCAUUCAUGGCUACGAAACCUGGUAGCAAUUUAAGGAGAUGGACCAGACCUUGGCUCUCCUACAUGAUUAUUGCCUUAUCCAUCUCUUUACAAUUGAUGUUGUGCAUCACAUGGAUAUCAUUUGCGCCUCCUUUCCAAACAGACAAUAUCCAAUCCCAACCAGGAAUUAUCAUUGCUGAAUGUAAUGAGGGUUCAUAUACAGCUUUCUGGUGCAUGUUGGGAUAUCUUGGUCUCCUGGCCACCAUCAGUUUCAUUGUUGCCUUCUUGGCCAGGAGACUUCCUGACAGCUUCAAUGAAGCCAAGUUUAUCACUUUCAGCAUGUUGGUCUUCCUCAGUGUCUGGGUGUCCUAUAUCCCGGCAUCUCUUAGUUCAACUGGAAAGUACACAGUGGCCAUGGAGGUCUUUGCCAUCUUAUCUUCAAGCUGGGCCAUGAUGGCUUGCAUGUUUGCACCAAAAUGUUUUAUUGUUUUGUUGAGACCUGAGAUGAAUUCAAGGGACCAUCUCAUGGGAAAGAUUAAAACAUAA